AAACAUUCGUUCCUAACCUCACAAAAUUCACACGUGUCAUCUACAAUACUAACGAGUAUUAUGAACAGUUAACAAUAAAUAUUAACUAAAGUUCACUAAACGUUUUAAAUAAGUUUAAUUAUUUAUAUUUUUAAAGUUAAUUUGAAAUUUUCAACAAUGAAUAAGCCAGGUCGCUUUGUUAAAGCUCCAUCUCAACAAUCCAAGUAUCCCGGUAAAGCUCCUGUAGAUCCAAAGAAAUUAGAAAAACAUAAACGAGGUAAAGGCGUAGAACUACGUCCAGGAAAAAUAAGAAUUAAAGGAAAAUAUAAUCAAGAACGAUUGAAAAGAAAAGAAAAAGCAGUACAAAAGGCAGCUGAAGAUGCUGCUCGAGCUGAGUUGUUGCUUACUGAAGAUCCUGGUUUCUUAGAAACUGAUUCGGGUGAAACUUCAACUCAAUUUAGACAAAGUCAGAUAGUAGCCAAUACCGAUAUAACUAGUGCAGCUAAGCAAUUUCAUUUGGACCUCCCAUUCGGUCCGUACUGUUUGAAAUACACAAGAAAUGGAAGACAUUUAUUAUUAGGAGGUAAAAUGGGUCAUGUUGCAGCUUUUGAUUGGGUCACAAAGAAAUUGGCUUGUGAAAUAAAUGUUAUGGAAUCUGUCCAUGAUGUAUCAUGGUUACAUACAGAGACAAUGUUUGCAGUAGCUCAAAAAAAUUGGGUUUAUAUUUAUGACAAUCAAGGAAUUGAAUUGCAUUGUAUGAAAAGAAUGAAUCUAGUAUCUAAAUUAGAAUUUUUACCAUAUCAUUUUUUGUUAGCAAGUGCUUCAAAAGAAGGAUGUUUAGCCUGGUUGGACGUAUCGAUUGGUAAAAUGAUUUCUCGUUAUAACAGCAAGCUUGGAAGAAUAUCAGUAAUGACACAAAACCCUUAUAAUGCUGUAUUAUGUGUUGGAGAUUCUAAAGGAGUCGUGUCAAUGUGGUCUCCAAACGUUGAACAGCCUUUAGUGAAGAUGCUAUGUCAUCGACAAAGCAUCAGCGCUUGUACAGUUCACCCUCAUGGAACUUACAUGGCCACAAGUUGUCCUGACCGGUCUACAAAAGUUUGGGAUGUUCGUAAUCUUUCUGGACCCGUUAGUACUUUGAUAACUCGAGCUGGAGUUAACAACUUGGCUUACAGCCAACGAGGACUGCUUGCAGCAUCUUUAGGGAAUGUUGUAGAAGUAUUUAGAGAUGUAGAUUACAGUCCAAAACAGUAUCUACGUCACAAAGCUUCAUGGAUUGUGAACGGAAUACAAUUUUGUCCUUUUGAAGAUGCUCUUGGUGUAGGUGAGGCAAGGGGAUUCAGUUCUCUGUUAGUUCCUGGUAGUGGUGAAGCCAAUUAUGAUGCAUUAGAAGUGAAUCCAUUCCAAACGAAAUCACAGAGACGAGAAGCCGAAGUUAAAGCUUUACUUGAUAAAAUUCAACCGGAACUCAUUACUUUGAAUCCCAAUGCUAUUGCUGAGGUUAAUGUAGCUUCUGUGAAAGAAAAAUUACCAAAAGAAAAAAAAAAGAAGCAUGGUCCUCGAUUCGUAUCAAAAUAAA